CCACCUUUUUAUCCCUAUCAGCACACAAAUCAGAGUUUGAGAUUUCUGAUCUGUGAGAAGUUUGUGAAUACAAUGGCUUUUAGAGGGUUUGUGUUGUGUGUAGUUACGGUUAUGGUGGCCACUAUGUGGACUCAAAAUGCUACUGCUCAAUCAGGUUGCACCAGCACACUCACUAGCUUGAGCCCUUGCCUGAACUACAUAAUGGGAAGUUCUUCAACCCCAUCAACUUCAUGUUGCUCUCAGCUCUCCACCGUUGUCCAAUCUUCACCACAGUGCCUUUGCUCCGUGCUCAAUGGUGGUUCCACUUUCGGAAUUACCAUCAAUCAGACUCUUGCUUUGUCUCUCCCUGGCGCUUGUAAAGUUCAAACUCCCCCAGUUAGCCAGUGUCAAGCUGGGAAUGGACCAACAUCUCCUUCCACUGCUCCAGUUGGUUCUCCUUCUGAUUCUUCACCUGAAUCCCCUCAAGAAUCAAUAUCACCUUCUGCUUCAGACUUUCCCUCAGGUGCAGGAUCUAAAACAGUGCCAUCAACAGAUGGUGGUUCAUCUGAUGGAAACGCUAUUGAAGUCCCCUCUCACAUGGUGUUCUAUCUUAUUGCCGUUGUGUCUUGUGUUUUAACUUUUAUCAAGUUCUGAUUAUUUUUGUGCCAACUGAGAUUUGGGUGCUGAAAUUUUAUGUUUAGAGUUCGUUUGCGUAGCACAUAUUUGCAUGUCCUUGUAUAAAUAAAAAUAUUGUUUAGAAGAAUUAAAUUGAUAUGAAGUUAAUUUUUUUUUCGA